UUAAAAUUCAUAACAAUAAAGCAUUUGAAUAGUUCUUUUGUUACUCCAAUUUGGAAGACGGAAAGACAAAAGAAAUAAUUUGAGAAAAGGCGGAAAAACCCGAUUUCUAACACUUGCAUCACGUUGGUUAAUUUAGCAAUGCACAACACGCACAUACACUGAAAGGCUGACAGGAAGACAAAGAGAGAAGCAGCUCGUCACACAGCAAGAAGGAACGUUGUGUCAGCUUUGAAGAUAAUUGGCAAAAAUCAUUCGCUUUGAGGAUGUUGCUGAACCUCACCAACCAAACAGAAGAUGGCUUCUCCUGCUACAGUCCUUCAGUAGAGGUGUACCGCUACUUUGCCGUGCUGUGGGGAUGUGCUGUCACCGUCACCGGCACAAUGGGGAACCUGAUGACCAUUCUGGCGUUUGCCUCAGACUCCCACCUGAGGACCCGCUUCAAUGUGCUGAUUGUCAACCUGGCUCUGGCUGACCUGCUGUACUGCACCGUACUGCAGCCCAUUUCCGUUGACUCCUAUCUCCACCUCAGAUGGCGCAGCGGCGAGCUCUGGUGCAGAAUCUUUGGCCUGCUGCUCUUCCUCUCCAACUCGGUCUCCAUUAUCACCCUCUGCCUGGUAGCUGUGAGUCGGUACUUACUGGUUGGCAAAAGGGCCGUUUUCGACCGCGUCUUCUCAAACUGCGGACUCACUUGCCUCCUGAUUGCAACGUGGGCGCUCGGCCUGGCCAGCUUCUGCCCGCUCUGGUCCGUUUAUGUGUUUGUGCCUCAGGUGUGCACAUGCAGCUUCCACCGAAUCAGGGGUCGCCCCUACACCACCAUUCUGCUCUUCUUCUACUUCUUUGUGGGACUGGCCUGCGUCGGCACCUUCUACUUCCUCAUUUACCGACGCGUGCGGCUCGCGUCGUUGGCCUUGCUACGCUACAGGUUCAGCCGCCGGUCUUCCAAGAAGAAAGCCCCGGAAACGGACGACAGCGGUGUGGGGAACAGCAUGGCCACUUGCAGCAGUGAGCUGGGCACUCAGGACAAACUCACAGAGGUGGAGAAUUCCCUCCAAAGUACGCAAUGCAAGAGCUCAAAGGAAUCAUCUGCACACAAGCCAAACCCUGACGUUGGUAGUGUGCCACCUUUAAGGUCUGCUACCCCCGCCACUGCCAGCUCAGGAGAGGAUUCAGAAUCUAAGCGUGUGACGCACAUGUGUUUUGCGGUUUUCCUGUGUUUUGUGUUUUGCUUCGUCCCCUUCCUGUUACUCAACAUUGCCGAUAAACACGGCAGUGCCCCGCAAGUGCUGCACAUGUUGUGUGCCAACCUCACCUGGCUCAACAGCUGUAUCAACCCCAUACUCUACGCCGUCAUGAAUCGACAAUUCCGAAGGGCUUACCAAGUGCUGCUCACCAGGGCGGCUAUACCUUUCUCAUACCUCUGGAGGCAAAGCUCCUAAGGUCUUGCAUGCUGCAUGUACACUUUUAUUAGGGCCCACAUGGCCCAUUGUAUAAGGACUCCCUUUGGAGUCCUUAUGCAAUGGGACAUAAGGACCUAUUGAAUUUGUAACGUUUUAUUCUUUAUUAUUAUUAUUAUUAUUCUUCCGCAACUUUGCGCUGUAAUUUGACCCCCUUAACAUACUUCAAAACUCACCAAAUUUUACACACACAUCAGUAAUAUACGGCAAAACUUUUUAUCAAAAAACCAAACCUCAAAACUUAAAAUUGCGCUCUAGUGCCCCCUACGAAAAAAGAAAACUAGACUGCCUGUAACUCCCACUAGGAAGGUCGGAGAGACAUAAAACAAAACCUUUAUGUAGGUGUGACUUAGACCUAGAUUUCAUAAUAGUAUAUUCUCGGGCAAAAAUCAACAGGAAGUUGGCAAUUCCCCCUUCAAGACAAAAAAGUACUAAAAACAGUAACUUUUGCCUCUUUGAGCUGUAUUUUCACCCUCUUAACA